AUGAGAAAGGGCUCGUCUCGCCGUGACCUUAUCUUGGAUUCUCAAGACUUCUGUCGCUCCAUCCCCGCACCGCAGGGGCAGAGAACCCGCCGCUGUCUCGGCUGUGCUACCGGAGGCUCUGGGGAAGUCGGAAUAGGAGAGCACUCAUCUUGGGGUGGGCUUACUACUGAGAUGCUUUCAGCAGUUAUCCGCUCCGCACUUGGCUACCCAGCGUUUACCGUAGGCACGAUAACUGGUACACCAGAGCCCAACCCUUGGAACAUACUACAGCCCCAGGUGGCGAAGAGCCGACAUCGAGUUUUCAUUUUAAUGGGUCAUUUAAUUCUAUAUUUUCCUUUUGAUAGGGGAGGUAUGAGCUCUGGUCGAGGUUUUAUUGGGGGAAAUGGUACUGUUACAGGAAAGGAUUGCCCCAGCGGACUUUAUGGAACUUUUUGCGAGGAAUGCCCCUUAGGUACCUACAAAAAUGUAACGGGAUCUGAUUUCUCUUUAUGUCGUCAAUGUCCACCUGAAGAGCUUCCUCAUCGUGCUAUGUAUACAAGUGUUCGAGGAGGUGUCGCAGAAACUCCUUGUCCUUAUAAAUGUGUCUCUGAUCGGUAUCACAUGCCACACUGUUACACAGCUUUGGAAGAAUUAAUUUAUACUUUUGGUGGGCCAUGGCUGUUUGGUCUUCUUCUUUUUGGUCUUCUUGUCUUACUAGCCCUUGUUUUGAGCGUUGCCAGGAUGAAAUUUGUUGGUACUGACGAAUUACCUGGCCCUGCUCCAAGUCAGCAUGGUUCUCAAAUUGAUCAUUCCUUUCCAUUUCUCGAGUCGCUAAAUGAGGUCUUGGAAACUAACAGGGCUGAGGAAUCUCAGAGUCACGUGCACAGAAUGUAUUUUUUGGGUCCAAAUACAUUUAGUGAACCUUGGCACCUUCCUCAUUCUCCUCCUGAACAGAUAACAGAAAUUGUGUAUGAGGAUGCAUUCAAUAGAUUUGUUGAUGAGAUCAAUGCCCUUGCUGCCUACCAGUGGUGGGAGGGAUCAAUCUAUAGCAUUCUUUGUAUCCUUGCUUAUCCUCUGGCAUGGUCAUGGCAGCAGUGGAGGAGAAGAAAGAAAUUGCAAAGGCUGCGUGAAUUCGUUCGAUCUGGGUAUGAUCAUGCAUGCUUACGUUCUUGCCGUUCACGUGCUCUUUAUGAAGGCCUUAAGGUUGCUGCUACACCAGAUUUAAUGCUUGCAUAUAUAGAUUUCUUCCUUGGUGGAGAUGAGAAGAGGCUUGAUCUUCCUCCUCGGCUUCACCAAAGAUUUCCCAUCUGUUUAAUCUUUGGUGGUGAUGGAACUUACAUGGCACCUUUUUCUCUCCAUAGCGAUAAUAUUCUAACUAGUCUUAUGAGUCAGGCUGUACCACCAACUAUGUGGUAUCGACUGGUUGCUGGAUUGAACGCUCAACUAAGAUUAGUCCAGCGUGGUCACCUUAGGACGUUAUUGUUGCCUGUUCUCUCCUGGCUGGAAGCUCAUGCAAAUCCUAAUCUUAGCAAUCACGGCGUGUUGGUCGAUCUUGCAUGGUUUCAGUCUACUUCGUCUGGUUAUUACCAGCUUGGUCUUGUGGUUUAUGCAGCAGAAAGUCAAAUUGAUACUACUGUGGCUGAUACAUUUACCAGACCUACUAAAGUAGAAUCACCACGGUAUGCUGAUUUCAUUAUUUUUAGCUUAUUUCGAAAUCAUAACCAUUUUCCUAAUGCUUGCCUUGUACUUUACAGCAUGAAGAGGGUUAGCCAAGCAGAAGAAAUUCUAUUAAAUAGGGACGCACUUCUGAGGCAUAAAAUAGGAAAUGGUAGUAUAUUAGAUAAAUGCAAUGUGCAUACACUUGAUGAUAAGAAAGAUAUUUUCUAUCCAUUAUCAUUUGUGAUGCAUAACACCAAGCCUGUUGGUCACCAGGAUCUCGUUGGUUUGGUCAUUUCGAUCCUUCUACUGGGAGAUUUUAGCUUAGUACUCCUUACUCUGCUCCAAUUGUAUUCCUUUUCACUGGUGGAUAUUUUCUUGGUUUUAUUCGUUCUUCCGCUGGGACUACUCGCACCUUUUCCUGCUGGUAUAAAUGCUCUAUUUAGUCAUGGACCCAGAAGAUCUGCAGGGCUUGCCCGCGUAUAUGCGCUAUGGAAUAUCACCUCUUUGAUUAAUGUGAUAUGUGCCUUUAUAUGCGGAUUCAUACAUUACAAGUCAUCAACACGGAGGCAUCAGAAUUUGCAACCCUGGAACCUGGGCGCAGAUGAGAGUGGGUGGUGGUUGUUCCCUACAGGGCUGCUACUCUGCAAGUUUGUCCAAGCAAGGCUCAUUGAUUGGCAUGUGGCUAACUUAGAGAUACAGGAUCGUUCGCUGUAUAGUAAUGACCCAAAUGUGUUCUGGCAGUCAUGACAUGACAAGGUAUCAAGUGAUAGGUAGAAGAAUCUGCGUUAGAUGCAAAACCUAUUAUUCUUUAUUUUCUUUGCUGUUUUUAUUACUUUUUUUUUUUUUUUUAAUUUUCUUAUGAAUAUUUUUGAAAGAGAAAUAGAGAAAGAUAACCAAGAGGGAAGGGGGGGCCUUCUUUUUAUGCAUUAAGGCCUUUCUAAUGCAUUAUACUGCUAGACUGACAAAUUGUUUGAUGUCAGUCACAGUUUUAAAAGAUGUAAAUAUAACGCCAAACAUUCUUUUGUAGAAAUCUGACUUACAAAUGUAAUAUUAUAUGGGAAUUCUCUGCCAGCUUUUUCCUUCUUGAUGGGGAAACUGCUUACA